GCGAACUUGACAAUGAAAGCAAAGCAAGCAUCACCGAUCGCCUUUUUCGACGAUCCGUCAUUUGCUAAAGCAUGGUCGGAAAUUGAGGUAACGCUCGCUAUCACGUCGGCAAACUAUAAGGACGACAAUGAAACUGAAAUUGGCUGGAUUGAGGGACGAGUGCACGAGACCCGCAGUACGCAGAAAGAGGUUGAAAUCCUACUGGCACGACUGCCAGAGUCCAACAAGCAGCAUGAUGAAGCCAUCCGAAUCUUUAUAACCUGCUCCCAGCUUUCGCGUUUUGUCUUCACUAUUGAUCAGCAUAUUAAAAUCUCGCUGAAAUAUGCGCGUCUUGUUCCUGAACUCGUUUCACGUGGAGGGCCCUUGUUGCCGUUCUCUUUGAUAUUCAGCAGCGAUAUGGUAAUGCAAGUGGUUCGUGGUGGAGUGUGCAUUCCAGAUGGCAUCGUCAUCAAUACCAGACAAAGUCAACAACACUUUGGAGGGUGUUACUGCAAGGAAUUCAUGACUGGAGUCCCUGCCCCAAUGACACCGCCCAGAACUACGAAGAGUGUGCCGUAUCCAACGCCUGCAGCAUACGACCAAGAACGGUCAUACUCACCAAGCCCUACGGCUGCAAACGAAGUUUCUUUGGAUGACGUUGAUCAUUUCGAUGUUUGCCCUCCUCUCACUACACUCACCGAAGGAAUGACAACACCCGUUGUCGGCAUUGUUGAAAUUGUUAGGCCGCCGACCACAGCUGUCAGCGGUGAUCUCUGUGUUACCAUGACGCUCGCGGACGCAUACAGCUACACCUCCGGCCGAGGGUUCAAACUUACUUGCUUCACUUCUAAGUCUCGUCUGGGUCGCGAGCUGCCUGGCCCUUCCGAAGGCGAUGUCAUCCUAUUCAAAUGCGUCAAGAUAACCAAGUUCUCUAAUGGGCUUAUCGGUACCGUUUAUCAGAACAAGCUUGAUUGGAUUGUGUAUAAUCCAGAGACGGGUACAAUGGCGACACCGCGUCAUGCAAAGGGCGAGCCUGUAGAUCGAUUCUAUGAGGACUUGGAGAAAACUAGGAAGAUGCAAUUUGUGAAGUUCAUCGAAGACGUUGUACCUGGUAAAACAGAUGGCAUUAAUGCCUCGCAGAUUCGUACGUGAAACAUCUUUACUGGUUUCAGGUCGAAACUUUGUUGAAUUACAAACUGCUUCUGUUGAUUUUUUCAGCGAUAUUGAAAGGUGUUACAGAACAAGUUGUCUAGAUCCAUUUCCGUAGCACCAUUUGACCGUUAGAUUUUUUUUCUAUCCAAACAUUCUCUGCGGCGUCCUGUAUACUCAACGUGCUAAUCUUUUUCUCACUGUGAAAACUGCUUGCCUCCAUUGCAUAUAAUCUUUCCUGCUCUUGUUGACGAGAUUGCAUUUCCAGC